AUGAAGUGGGUCCGCGGCGCGCAAAUACCACCAGAGCGAGACCCGCAGCUCUUGGGGGAGAUUGUCGACGAGCUGUUUCCCACGCAUCCACCGAUGGAAUGGCCGGAGCCAGCCGAUGAACUCAUCGAAGCCGGCCCACCCAUCACGGAGGAGGAGCUCCUGAGGAUUGCAGCGAGCCUGAACCCCCACAAGGCCCCAGGACCAGACGGCAUUCCAAACGCCGCCGUCACCGCAGCAGUUCGUGCCUUUCCGGGCGUCUACCGAAGGGUGCUUCAGGGCUGCCUUGAUCGUGGAGUCUUCCCCGACAUCUGGAAGCACCAGCGACUGGUCCUACUCUCGAAGCCAGGAAAGCCACCGGGCCGGCCAUCAUCUUACCGCCCACUAUGCAUGCUCGACACUGUCGGCAAAGUGCUCGAGCGCAUAAUCCUCGAUCGCCUCAACGCCCACCUGGAGGAAGAUCCAGAAGGUCCGCGACUCUCUCCCCGUCAGUUCGGGUUCCGAAAGGGGAGGUCGACGAUGCAGGCGAUCGAGGAGGUGGUGGCCCGCGGCAGGGAAGCAAUGGCCUUCGGUCGAACCAACGCGAGAGACCGAAGAUGCUGCAUGGUCGUAACGCUCGAUGUCCGCAACGCGUUUAAUUCCGCGAGCUGGACAGAGAUCGGGGCCGCUCUCAGGGAAAAAAGAACACCGGAGUUCCUGAUGCAGAUCUUGCGAAGCUAUUUUGAGGGGCGUGUUCUGCACUACUCUACGGAAGCUGGUACCUCGUCGCGCAACAUCACCGCGGGCGUUCCGCAGGGGUCUAUCUUAGGGCCUACCUUGUGGAACGUCAUGUACGACGGGGUGCUGGACGUCGAGCUUCCCGAGGGUGCAAGCAUCGUUGGAUUUGCGGACGACCUCGUACUUACGGUGGCAGGGCGAACUCCAGAGGAGGCGGCGGAAGGGGCGAGUGCUGCUAUCAUCGCGGUCCAGCAAUGGCUCGAUCGCCACUCAUUGUCCUUAGCUCUGGACAAAACCGAGAUUUCGUUUCGUACGUUGGGCCCACCGGGUGCUACCAGCAGUCGAGCCUUGGGCGGCCCGGAUGGAUGGGUGAACUUCCAUCUGACGCAGGUUAUCACGGGACACGGAUUUUUCCGUGAAUAUCUGUUUGUCAAGGGGUUCACCCAGUCCCCGGACUGCCCCAACUGCCCAGGAACGGUCGAGUCAGCGGAGCACGCCGUGUUCCACUGCCCGCGAUUUGACAACGUUCGGGGCCGCCUCCUGCGAGGACAUGGAAUGGAGCCAGCAACACCGGAUAACCUACAACUCUACAUGCUUCACAGCGCCGACUCGUGGAGCCGUGUCGUGACCGCUGCCAGCGAGAUUACGCGCCAGCUUCAAAGCGACUGGCGAGCGGAGCAGCACCGGCGCUCCACGGCAGCAGCGGAGGCGACCAGAGCGCAGGCGGCCGAGGCGGCCGCUCGGCGAGCGCGAAACCAAGCUCGGAGACGGCGCCCUGAGCUCACUCGUAGACUUGCUGCGUUGACACCUGCGGCGAGAUCGGAGUGGUCUAGGGUGCUGCGCAACAUCCAGCUGCGCAUCCGGCGGUUACGCAACAGGACGACGAGACGAGCGAACCACGAGAUUCUGGAGAGGAGGAACGAAGCUCUGCUCCGGGAGCACGAAGCAGUUACGGAGGAGGAGCUUCUCGCUGCCCGGAGGGACCUCACCGCCGCCGAUGCAGCGCUGCAGGAGGCAAGACGACUGCAGCGUCGGCGCAGAAGAUGA